AUGUGGUCCCCCUCGACUCAACGAAUUCUAAUAAUUACCGUGAUCCUUCUGAUUCUCAUCAAACUUCUAUUCUUCUCUAAUUCUAAAUUAAUCGAUUCUGUGGAACCUCGCGAUUUGGAGAAAUCCGAUGUGUUCGACUUUAUUGUCGACACGAAUUCUCUUUGGGUCGAUGAGGGAGAGGAGAAACGAUUCGAAUCGUAUACUAAUAUUCCAGCAUAUGCUCAAGUAUCCAAUAAGAUAGCAGCAAUCACCAAAUCGAAGACCGCCGUUUGUGAGACGGACACUUUUAUCGGUCAACAAGUGCUCUGUGGUCUACAGGAGAAAAUCGAUGAGGAGACAGAGGACCGCCCGUGUUACAACUGCCGUCUGGACCUUCGUUGUUAUCUCGUGAAGAUCUACGCGGAGAUCACUCAACUCUACGCCAAAAACAAGACAGUAACCGAGGAUCAAAUGAAAUUUGUGCCCCAAAACUGGUUCUGUCAGAUGGAAUCAAUGAAUCAGAGGUUCCAAUUCGUGGAUCACUCACUUUUCUCAAAUCCGACGAAUCCAGCUUAUGCUGAGGCGAAGCGUCCCGACGCCGAGUCGAUCUUCGCCGACUCCGUCUCAUCCUAUGAGAAAAUCAGCAAAUUCUACACGACAUACAUCUAUUCGCGGCCCGAUGUGUUCGAUUUGUUCACAAAAACGUAUUAUUGGGACUAUUUGGUGCUGAAAUGCCGUUGCCCGAGUUGA